AGUGCCGUAAACUGUUGCUCCAGCAGGUCCAGGACGGCGGAGACAACACGUGUGAUUGUUGGCUGAAAUUAGAAAGAUGGACGCCAAACCAAGGAAACCUUUCUCUCCUAAAGGUGGGAAAAAGCUGGGCCCCAAAGGAAAAGACCCCGCAGGACCCAAACCAGGCGGGAAGAGACCCUUCAAACCGUACAGAACCUCAGAGAAGAGGAGACCCGGGGCGGCCCAGGAUGGAGGCGGGAAACAGCAGAAAGCAGGUUUUAAUAAAGGAGGGAAGAGGAAGCUGAGGGAGGAAGAUGGAGGUCCUGAGGUGAAGAAGAGGAGGUUUAAAGCGGAGAAGAAGCCGACGCAGGAGGAGCUGAAGAAGAACCGGCAGCAGAAGAAGAAGGAGCUGAAGAAGAGCCGACAGCAGGCGGACAGGAAGGACAUGUUCGACAUCAUCAGUCGCUCCAAACAAGUGUGGGGAGAGCUGAGGAGGAAGAAAUGUGACGAGGAGCUGAAGAAGAAACUGAUGAAGGAGCUCCACGGUCUGAUCCGUGGGAAAGUCAAACAGAUGGCGUUCGCCCACGACGCGGUCCGGGUUCUGCAGUGCUUCAUCCAGUUCGGCAGCCACCAGCAGAGACAGGAAGUGUUGGAGGAGCUGAAAGACGACGUCCUGGCUCUGUGCAAGUCUCAGUACGGCCGACACGUGGUGAAGAAGCUGCUCAUGUACGGUCUGCAGAGCGGAACACCAUGGAGAAGGUGGUGCAGACCAACCCACACAAACUGGAGCAGAUGAUGGACGAGAUGAAGCAGAUCCUGGUUCCCAUGGCCCAGAAGGAGCAGGUCAUCAAGCACUCUCUGGUCCACAAAGUCUUCCUGGAUUUCUUCCUGUUCGCACCGAGCAAACAGAGAUCUGAGAUGAUCGAGUCCAUCAGGGAGUCGGUGGUCUACAUGGCCCACACACACGACGGGGCUCGGGUGGCCAUGAACUGUCUGUGGCACGGCACGGCCAAGGACAGGAAGGUCAUCAUAAAGACCAUGAAGUCGUACAUGGUGAAGUUCUCCACGGGGGAGUUCGGUCACCUGGUUCUCCUGGCCAUCUUCGACUGCGUGGACGACACCAAGCUGGUCCGGCAGGCCGUUCUGUCUGAGAUCCUGGCGUCUCUGGAUGAAGUCAUCAGUAACAAAUACGGGAAGAAGGUCCUGCUGUACCUGCUGAGCCCCAGGGACCCGGCUCACCUGCUGCCAGAGAUCAUCAAGGUGUUGGAGGGAGGAGACGGAAACGCUCACAGUAAAAAAGAGGCGGCAACACGAAGACAGGAGCUGCUGGAGGCCGUCUCCCCGGCGCUGCUGGACUACCUGUCCAACAACGCCGCCGCCAUGGCGAUGGACAAGGCCACCAGCGUCACCAUCAGCGACAUCCUGGCGUCGGCCUGCGGYGACCUGCGGCCCGCCAUGACCGCCGUGGCUCAGCUGGCCAACCAGGAGCUGGUGCCAGGAGGGUUGAAAGGACAGCUCCACAUGGCCGAGCAUCCAGCUGGACACCUGGUCCUGAAGUGGCUCAUCGAGCAGGACGUCAUGUUGGCACAGGCCGGGAAGGAAGAGCGCUUCAGCAGGAUUCUGGUGGACACGGUCGGGACGAAGAAGAUGAUGAGCUGGGUGCAAGUGAACAGAGGAGCCAUGGUGCUCUGCAGUCUCCUGAACAGCUGUGAGAAAUCUGCGGCGGCGGAGGUGAAGGAGGCGCUGACGUCCAUCACACCGCAGCUCAACAAAAUCAAGGACAACAAGGGAGUGGAAAUCCUGCUGGAACAUCUGAAAAAGUAGAUUUAAAACAAAAUGAACUGUGGACGCUGCGGAGGAAACUGGUCUUGUUUCAACCCACAGACCUGAAAACGUCUGAGGAACAAAAAACAUUUCUGGAUCUGUUUAUAAUGAAACGGUUGAUAAAUCUCCACAGAAACAACCAUCGAAACCAGAUUCUUCUACUUGUACAAAUCGUGUUUAUUAUUUUGGUUUAGAUUUCUUUAUAUCCUGUAAGAGUUUGGAUCUGUAAACGUCACAAAAAAGUUAACAAAUAUUUGUAAAAUCCACUAAUGCUCAGUUUCUAUAAACAAUUAAAGGAUGUUUUACAGUUAAAAUGAGAUUUCAGCUGUAAAUUAAAAUGAUAAAUUAUG